UGAAGAGAGUUUGCUGUGCAGGAAGAAGCUCUGCUGCUGUUUGCUGACGCCUCGCCUCAUCUCUCCCUCCAGCAGCAGCAGCAGCAGCAAUGGCAGCCUGGCACUGAGACACAUGUCCCUGCAGUUCGAGAGCUAAAACACACGGGAGAGGACCCACCAGCAGCGAAAUGUCCCGCCACAGAAACGUCCGAGGUUACAACUACGACGAAGACUUUGAAGAUGACGACCUGUAUGGCCAAUCCGUGGAUGAUGACUACUGUAUAUCACCUGCAACAGCAAAUCAGUUCAUCUAUUCACGUCAAGAGAGGCAAGCACCAAGGGAAGAGCCAUUAGAGGAGGAAGAAUAUGAAGAUGAGGAUGUUCCUAUGUCCCCUACCAUCGGCCACGAUCUCGACCCUCUUGAUCAAGCCAAGCUGUACUCCUGCCUGGACCACAUGCGGACUGUCCUGGGAGAAGCCUUUCCGGACACUGUGUUGUCCCAGGCUGCCAUCAGAUGUGGAUUUGACCCACAGAGGGCACUGGAUGCAGUACUGUCUGAAGACACUAAGACUGCCCCCGUUUCUCGGAGUACACUACAAGAAACGGCUUCAGUGGCCAGAGUGAGCGAAGAGAAAGCACCACUACCACAGCGAGUCAGACAGGAGGCUGUAGCGGAGAAAGGAGCCUUCUUGUCUGCUUCUCAUACUGAUAGUACAUUCAAAGGACAGAAACAUACGCAGCCUCGUGCACCAUGUGCACCCAACUUACGUGAUCUGCUGUCUGGGCAUGAGUCGAAUGCAGCGGUUAGCAGCUGUGAAGGACAAAACUCGAGCCAGAAAAGUAUUGGUCCAGGCAGUGGCAGUACUGCCAGCCUGGCACAACUCAUGUCUGAACAUGAACAAAAGAGUAAAGGGACGGGACAGGCCGGCACGGCGGGGUGCCUCAGUGUUCUCCCAUCAAUGACUCCUGUAGGAGCCCAGUCAACACCUUCAGCUUUUUCUAACCAGAGUAGUCUUUCACUGGGAACACUAGCGUCUUUAAAUGUGCCCUUAGCAUCAAACUCAUCGCCUCCCUCCAUCUUCUCACUCGGUAAUCUCUCGCUCAGUGACUCCAAAACCACAUCUCCAAGCAUUUCUCUGUCUCCCUUCAUGGGUCUCGGUACAGUCCUGCAGAACAGUCAACGCUCGCGGCCAGCGGGGCCGAACUGUGGCAUAUCUGUUGCAAGCGAUCACAAAGCGAGCCCGUCGCUGUCCGAUUUAAUUCAGGAGCACUCCCUCCGCAGGCAGCCUGUCAGUAACACACUCCCUGGCUCCCGGAGCGGUGAAGAGAAUUCUCCACCAGCCCCGACUCUGUCGUUGUCUGAACUUGCCUUACAGCACCAGAACAAGAACACCAGUCCUCAUUCGCAAAGCACUGAAACACCAGGGAAACCACUCUCCAGUACUGGUCUGACUUGCGUGGAUGGGACGGUCUCUUUAUCUCAUCUGGCACUGCAACACAACAAUAAUGGACCCUCUGCCCUCCAUGAGCCCACCAGCACUGAAUCUGCAGGAAAUGCGCUGCAGCCUCCACCUGGCCUCGCUGGGCUGCUUUCUCUGUCGCAUUUGGCAUCUCAACACAAAGGCAAAACCUCAACCACCUCAAAUGGGUCACAGUACACCCUCACCUCGCUCCUCUCACCAGCAAAACCAGAAGACACUGCUGCGAUGGCAGAAAACGCUGCAGGAGGCAGGACAAAGUGUCAGCACGACCGCAAACCAUACCAAAAACUCUCCCGGCCGCGGGCGCCAGGCCAGACCAUCGACUUGACGUCACUCAUGGCUCAGUCCCACGGCGGAGACGCCCAUCAGCUCGACACCGACUUCCCUUCGCCGUCGUCUCCAACUCCACGCGCCCUGGGACUGGAUCUUUCUGUCUUUGCGCGGCCGUCAGUGUUCGCAGUGACGCUGUCGGUUCAGAGCUGCAGGCGGCCGAAGAGGAGAAACGUGUUGAAGGGAAAAAUGAAAGGCGGCAGGACAGGAAGUGGUUAUCAGCCUCUUCUCUAUAAAUCGAAAGACUCAUCCAAAGAUGGCCUGACGCCAAACAGGCCAGUCGUACCUUUCCUCUUCGACACGCCUUCACCUGAUGACAUUGUCCGGGCUAACCAACGAAAAGCCUUCACAAGGUAGACAUCGGGGAAACAACUGACGGCGGUCGGGUUCCAUCUGAUGCCGACGCCUUUCGUUCCAGCAGCUGAAGUAACUUCAAAAAGCCGAUGCACUCAGGAUCAUCAGUCCUCCUAAAUUUUUUAACUUGGUUGCAGGAUUUAAGCGAUUUGAAGAAACCUUUUGGACCAACAGCAUGGCACAGGUGCAUUAAAAACGCCUUUGAGAGACAGUAUUACCUACAGCAUAGCAACUUUUUUUUUUUACGCAGAUAAAUAAAACACAGUACCAGUAUCACACAGGAUGAGAAUCGACUCAUUUAUUCAUGCUACCACUUUAAAAUAAUAGCUGCCUAAACUCUUAGCAGAUCAUUUGUAUAUUCAGUGUAUUUUAGGAAAACCUUUUUGUAAUUUAGUGCAGUUGGCUUUGUUACGAUAUUUUAAAAUUUGAGUCUUAUUUUUCUAUACUGCAGUGGCCAAUGGCUUUUAAUCUUUUGUGAUCGCAGUUUUCUUCAUUGCCAAGGAAAGCCAGAGUUAGUUUUUUUUUUUUUUUUUGUACAAAUCUAGUGUGAGCUCCAUGAACUCUGAAAAAAGAAAAAAAAAGACUGUCUGCAGGUGUGCUGCAGCUAUUGGAAUAUGGAUCAGUUAACCAUUGUACUGGUUUACUGCUGCCUGCGCUCGAGAUCAUGAGGUUGACUUUUUGGUUUGGAGGACACCUGGAGAUUUUCCCAUGAAGGAACGAGAGCACACGCAUACACACACACGCACACUCGCAUACACACACACACAUAAACUCACACUCAGGCAGACAAGCAAACUGUUUUACCAGUUUUAUUUUUGAAGCUUGUGAGCUUAAUUUGUAUGCAAGCACUGCAAUGAAGCUAUGGAGUGAAAUGAUUAAAAGCAGCUAAUCUUCUGAUGUACCUAAUGGAUUUGAUUUACACUGGGUGUGUCUUCACACACACCGUCACAGCUGAAUUUGUUAAUUAUGCAAUAAAGAUGGUUGAGUUUCCGCACUCUGAAUGCACCUCUGCCCAAUCCUUUCUUCCACUUAGCAUUUGUGAAUGGCCGUGUGCAGAAAUGUCAUUAUAUUUUAUUAAACCGAUUCUGCUAAACACUAAAGUUAUCGUGUAUACAUUUCUAAAAUAUUGCAUUUUAACAUAGUAAUUGAUGCUGGUUUAAAAAAAAAAGAAUUCUAGUAGUGUCUGAUAUAUGUAUUUCUCAUAGCUAUAGCUCUAAUCAUUCUUUGCUGUAUGCCAAAAAUUCAACUCUCGUCGGAAAGCAGUACAGUGCUCCAUCGACAGAAGAGAUUCACACAUCUGUUGAAGGGGCUUCUCACAAAAACCACAGUAAUAUAGAAACAAAGUCCCGAUGAUGGCAAAAAAAAAAAAAACCAAUGACUCACUACUCAUCUCUAUAUUCUCAGACCACAGAAUCAAAAUAUAUUCCUGUUAUAGUCCUGUUAAGUUAAAUUUGUCAUCACCCAUAGUUGAGAUAGAAGCAAAAAAAGGAGCGUAUAUAUUUUGAGUGUUCCAGUUUACGCUCACACUGCUUAGCCGUUGCAGGUUUUCUCAUUUAAACCUUGAGUUAGCAUCUUUAAAAUAUUGUGCGCUGAAAACUGUGUGCAGCACGUCCGUCGUCCCAGGUCCGAAUGGGUUAAGACUGAGAAAGUGCCGGCUGGAUUAGAUCAGUGUAAACGUUAUACAGGUGCAGAAAGCUGCGUGAACUGGACCUUGAGGCAGCGGAGCCUCGGGGAGCAGAUGAAUAAUGAAGGGCAGAUAGCGGUAAUGAUAAGUCAAACAUGACAAGCCAAACCGGUUUGUCAGUGUAUAGCAUGCGUAAUCCUCGGAUCUCCGUGUUUGGAAACAAUGUGCUCUUACAGGGAUGUUGUGGUCGCUUUUUGCUUGGGAAGCUCUUCUUCACAGCUUUUUCUUUUUUUUUUGUUUUUUAUUUCCAAGUGGUUCUUUUUGACAAUCACAAAAUGAGCAAGUUUUGUAAUGAGUGGGCUUGUCCAGCCACUGUCGAGUCCUUCUCUCUUGAGGCGAGCCGGCGUGUGGGUUUGAGCAGGAAGCUGCAGUCUUGGAGCAAAAUGUCACCCCGAGCACACGUCGACCCAUCACAGCAGCCGAUCAUCUUACUCGGUGCGUCUUACACCACCUACGUAGGAAAAUAUGAUCACGUCUAUU